ACACAUAUGUCACUUCCGCCCUCUUUCACACGCCAUUUUGAACGGAACAUGUUAAGGAUAGGGAUGCAUUGUUAAAGGAGUGUGUUAAUUGUUCUUAAUGAUUACUAUCAUGUAGAUGUGAGCUAGAUGAUCGUGAUAGCAGUUCGUUUAUUUCAAGUCUUCCGUGGCCGCUUCAGUAGGCUUUCUAGAUGAGUUACAGUAAAUCCCCGCCAGCCGAACAAGCAGAGGCAGACAGCUCCGGGGUCGGAUAGUGGCAGGAGUCGAGCUCCCUCUUUCGGUGUGGUGAGUCCGCCUCGGCAUCGCUUAGUCCGGGGAACCGGCUGCAGGCUGCAGGAGGAGGGACAACACGGGGAACGCGCCGCUUGUGCUUUGUCUCUCAGCGAUUGUGCUGUGUGAGGCGGCUACCUCAGCGGGAAGCCCAGUCCGAGCCAGGUGGGCAGCAUGUUCCAGCUCCCAGUUAACAACCUUGGCAGUUUGCGAAAAGCCAGGAAAAAUGUAAAGAAAGUACUAGGGGAUAUUGGUUUAGAAUUUUGCAAGGAUCAUGUUGAUGACUAUAAAGACUUUGUACCCAAUGAUUUCUACGUCAAGAACACCACGUGGGACGACGUGUGUAUGUGGGAUCCUUCUCUUACAAAAACACAAGACUACCGGUCAAAGCCAUUCUGUUGUUCAGACUGCCCAUUUUCUUCUAAGUUUUUUUCUGCUUAUAAGAGCCACUUUCGUAAUGUCCAUAGUGAGGAUUUUGAGAAUCGUAUCCUUCUUAACUGCCCUUAUUGCACUUACAAUGGGAACAAGAAGACUCUGGAAACGCACAUCAGACUCUUUCACAUACCCAACAAUGCAAUGCGCCAGAGGACUGGAGGCCUCCAAGGGGCAGUAGCUGGCCUGAAGGAUGGUAAUCGCCUGGACAAGCCUCGAGACAGUGUAGAGCAGGCUGUGUACUACUGUAAGAAAUGCACUUAUAGGGACCCACUAUACAAUGUGGUGCGCAAGCACAUUUACCGGGAACACUUCCAACACGUUGCUGCUCCAUAUUUAGCCAAACCCGGUGAGAAGACAGCAACUCCUAAUGGCUCAACAGCUGGUCCUGAUUCAGGCAGAGGUAGCAUUUCCGAUUCUAAUAGCCCUGCAGGUGCUAGUAACAGUAACAGCUCAGCCAUCCACUGUAAGCGCUGCCUUUUUGUGCCCCGUACUUAUGAGGCACUGGUGCAGCAUGUUAUUGAGGACCAUGAACGCAUUGGUUACCAGGUUACUGCCAUGAUUGGCCAUACAAAUGUUGUAGUACCUCGUGCCAAGCCUGUUAUAAUGGUGGCACCUAAAUCCCAAGCAGACAAAAAUGUCCCCAUCGCUGCACCAAAGGGAUCUCUGGUGAAUUCUGGGCUGCGGCCAUUGUCUACACAGCAAUUGGGUCGUCUUGUCGUUCCUAAAGGAGGUAUGAACUCUGCUCGGCUCUUAUCAGGUGUUAAUUUGAAGUCGGGUACGUUUGGCUUGAAAUCUAGCACUACUCAGGCAGUGUCCAUAGAAGGACAGCAAGUACGCAUUGCUUUGCCAGGCAGUGCACUCUCAGUGCCCCAGCAGUCCCAAACAUCCAGACCUCAACUUUCCUCUAACAGUCUGCGUAGCCCAAUUUCAGCAUCAACAUCUGCUUCUGUUCUAAAGAUUCCUCCACUGACUUCACGAAUUCAGGCAGCUGCUGCUAACGUAACAUCUGCCACGCCCAGGAAAGGCAUCUCUCCCCUGGGCACAUCUUACACUCAGAAAUGGAAGAUCUGCACAAUCUGCAAUGAGCUUUUUCCAGAAAAUGUGUAUAGUUCUCAUUUUGAGAAAGAGCACAAAGCUGAAAAGGUGCCAGCAGUGGCCAACUACAUCAUGAAGAUACACAACUUCACCAGUAAAUGCUUAUAUUGCAACCGCUACCUGCCUAGUGACACGCUACUCAACCAUAUGCUUAUCCAUGGUUUAUCAUGUCCAUACUGCAGGGCUACUUUCAAUGAUGUUGAGAAGAUGGUAGUACACAUGCGAGGGUCACAUCCCAAUGAGUCUGUAGGGGCACGCACUGAUUCCCCACUGACUUUUGAUCUUACCCUUCAACAGGGAAACCCCAAGAAUGUCCAGCUGAUUGUCACCACUUACAAUAUGCGGGAUGCUCCUGAAGAAUCUGUGGCAUUCCAUGCCCAAAACAAAUCCUCACCCACUACACAGGGAAAUAAGCCUCAGAAUCCACGCUUCCCAAAGAUUCCUGCUGAGACCCCAGAUGCAACAGUUGUUAAGAGUGGACCACAGACAGCUGUUCCCUAUAAGAGAGAUGUGGGCAAGACCCUUUGUCCACUCUGCUUCUCCAUUCUGAAGGGUCCUAUCUCUGAUUCCCUUGCACACCACUUGAGGGAGCGACAUCAGGUGAUCCAGACAGUGCAUCCAGUGGAGAAAAAGCUAACCUAUAAGUGCAUACAUUGCCUUGGUGUCUACACCAGUAACAUGACAGCUUCUACUAUCACUUUGCAUCUGGUUCACUGCCGGGGCGUGGGUAAAACCCAGAACGGCCAGGACAGCAGGUCUUCUGCAACUUCUAGGCUUGUCAAGGCUCAGGGUGCUUCCUUAAAACGGGCUGGCUUUCAAAUUGAUGGCGAAAUUGACCCAAAGAAACGCAAAGUAGGACCAGAAGACUAUACUCAGUCAGGCCCGCUUGCCUUAAUUGAGCAAAAAGAGGAGCCUGUCGUAUUGGCUUUAAACCCAAAGGGCCAUGAAAAUGAGUCCUAUGAGGCUCGCAAAGCUUUUCUCACCCAGUAUUUUAACAGGCAGCCCUACCCCACUCGCCGAGAAGUAGACAAGCUAGCAUCCAGUCUAUGGCUCUGGAAAUCGGAUGUUUCAAGCCAUUUUGCAAAUCGAAGAAGGAAAUGUGUCCGUGACUGUGAAAAACAGAAUGUUAGUGUUUUGCUUGGAUUCAAAAUGCACCAUGUUAUGCAGUUACAGCAUUUAGUGGACUUUGACACUGAGUGUUACUUUAAAUCUAACGAAAAGGAGCAAAAAAGUCGGACAUCUAGGGAUUUCACAGGCAGAUCUGCUUGUGCAAUUAGACGACUUAAACAAGCUAUUUCUAAUGGUGAUGUCCAGCAGCAUGGGGUGCCAGCUAGACCUACUGCCAGUGCCUCACCACACUCUAACGGUCAAAAGGUCAAUGAGUCAGUCAAGACACUUUUAAAACCUGCGGGAUUUAUAAAUUCAGAGCCGAUUUCUGUGGACUCUGACAGUGAUGAUGAGGGAGAUCUCAAGGAAACACAACAAAUGGACACCAAGUUGAGCAACCAGAUAGCUGGUGUGGUAAAAAGUGAAGAGAGUACAAGUGACUCUUACCCAGAGGAUUCUCUCAAUGGUGAGAACGGUUACGGGUCAUUAGACCAACUGCAAAACCAAGGAAGGCCCAAAGAAGAGGGUCAGUCUGGACAAUCAGGUACCUGCCUUGACGAGCAACAGGUCUGAUACAGUUCACCUGCUUCAUUUCCCAGAAUUCAACAGUGCUGCCUCACUUGAACUUGUGGACCACGCUAAUGGGCAACGAGAUGGGAUACUUUCGUAAACUUUCUGAAGCCAUUUUACAGGCAAAAAGUCAGACUUUUCAUAAUGUAGAGAUGAGUGUUAAAUUAGGUUACUGAAAUGGAGGCAAGAAGGAGCUUUUCCUCAGGCUAGGGAAAGCUAAUACUUAAGAUGCCCCAAUCAGUAAAUGUUUUGCCUUUAUUUUAUUUUAUUUUUUCUAUUUUUCU